AGACUGCCAGCUCACAGCAGGAAGGAGAAGAGCACCAGGCCAAGGGAAGACGGGAAGAUGGGCCUGUGGAGCACAACUGCCCACCAGGUCUCCCUGCUGCUGAUGCUGCUCUUCCUCAUUAUCACUCAGCUCCAGGGACAGAUUGGAGCCCAUCCCAUGUAUGGCUUGGUCUCCACUCCUGAACUAGCUGAUUUAAAGACCCUGCUGGAUCGCCUGGAGGACAAGCUCCCAUUAGAAGAUGCAGAAGGACUUAGCGAGCAGAAUGAGGGAGCUGCAGAUCAUGGGAACCCUUGGAACAGAGAGUACCUUGGACCCCAAGAGGAAGACCCUGCCUUGGGGCAUGGGAGCUGGGAGCUGCUGAAAAAGCCUCCUUCCAACCUGAGGAGCAAACUGCAAGCCCUGCUGACCUCCCCCCACAGCUUGAGAAGGGCCUCAGACUGCUUUGGCCAGCGGUUAGACAAGAUAGCAGCCCAGAGCGGGCUGGGAUGCAACAGCUACAGGGUAAGGGGGGCUGGGAAGGGGACUGUGAUGGGGCAGACAGGAGGAGGGCUCUGGUGAACCAUGGGCCUUUGUUUUUUAAUGCUUCCUUUGGAGCCCCCUCACUCCCUCAUCACAGGCUGUAGCACCCAGGCAGCUAGUUCUAAAUCCCAGGCUUAAAAUACACAGAAGAGUGAGAGUCACCCAACAUGCUGGUCUCUGGGGCCUGGCUAUGAUGAGGGGGUGAGCUGCUCCUGGCUGACAGCUGUAGUCAAAGAGCUCCUCGCACCAGUCCCUGCAGGGCAGGGGUCUCAGACCCCACCUGAGACAACCUUCUCCAGGGCCAUGCUUUGAUUCCAGAGGGGGGGAAUUUGCCACCUGCUACCAUGAAGGACCAUAAUCUUUAGGGUCCAUUGCUCAGGCGGAUAUGGCAAAACUCAUCCUCUCAGAGGUAGCUUUUACCUUUGUGAUAAGCAGAAGGUUGGGGCAAGUCCUGUUUGGUCUCCUGCCAGUUAGUUGUGCUAGUCCCAGCAGGGAUAAGCUGUAACCAGCUCCUGCAACGUGGGACACAGAUGGAAGGACAAGAGAAGGAGUCCAGUCUGCAGGGGUCACAGCUCAGGCACUAACAGUCCUGUUCUGAAAUGAUUCAACUUUGCAGUAAGAUGGAGCCCCCGGCCACCCCCAACCCCACGAGCCAUGCUCCGGGAUCCUCAGUGCACAGAGCGGCCCCAGGAGCAUUGUGCCUGGAGCAGAGGGGGGCAAAGAGCUGAGGGAAGGAAAACCACAGAGGGGGAGGCGCUGUUGCAGCAUUGCUAUCAAGACAGGCCUAAUUCCUCCUCUUGUCUGCCCACCUUUUAUCUAAGCAUUAAGGAUUUGCAUUGCCAUAUCACUGCAAGUGCUGUGCAUACAUGGAAUCAACCCCCAAAAUGUUUGCUGGAGAAACCAGCUAGUGCCAGACCAGAGGUGGUGGUGGGGGAACAGCAUGACUUCGUUAGGCAACCUGAUCAGAGGAAGAGACCUGUAGGUAGGGGAGGCAGAGCAGAAGUACCGUUUCAUCAGUUCUUUCUUGGCAGCACCUAGCAAAAUGUGCACGAAGGCAGGAGGGGGAGUGCAAGAUGGGGCACAGCUGGGAGGUGUUGGGCUAUGAGGCUGGCACAACUAAGCAUCAGCAUGCCAUAGGAGCUGGCAGGGCAGGGACCUCCGGCAGAGACGCCCCUUGGCCUGGAAGCAGGGCUGGAUGAGGUGUUGGGGAGAAGCUAGGUGUUGACAGAGGGGACCUGCUUGACCCCCGUCAGCUCUGCAAAGCAGCAGUCUCAUGUACAUACACAUACAGCACCUAGCACCAUAGGGCCCUGAUCUCUAGGCACUAAGAUAACAAAUACUUUGACUAGAUUUCCACCCCUACAGCAGUGCGGCCUUUUCUUCCUGCAUUUUUGAUGCUAGGCCUGGAAACAGGGACCAUCCUUAUCUUCCCUUCUCUGAGACCCAGGCAUCUACAGCUCAAGAGAAUCAGAGCUCCCUGAGCUGGCCCUCUGUUGCCCCAGAUGCAGUAGGUAGUGUUUGCCUGGUAGCCACCUUCACUUGCAAAGCAACAAUUUGCCUCUCCCCACUCCCCAACCUCACGGUGGAAGGACCGACUUUCUGAAGCACGAAGCUGAGCAGCGCAGCUGUGAGGGUCGAGCUUCAGCACCUUGGACAGAAAGAACAGGCCUGGCUCUUUCCUUCAAUAAAGGAGUGCAAUAAAAG